UCGAGACAGAAUGGAUCACAUCUCUCUCUGUAAUCUAUUCUUACUGAAUACCCUCAUCUACUGUGGUCACUCUCAAGAUAAACCCAAGGUUGUCCUGAGUGUCUCUCCUCAGUGGAUGAAGCCUGGAGACUCAGUGACUCUGAACUGUGAAGUUAAAGAGUCGUCUACAGACUGGAGGUUCUCCUGGUACAAGACUGUUCUCUACAGAGCUGGGUUACCCUCUCUAUUGGACAAGUCCUACUCUGUAAAGCCCCUAUCUGGAAAUGGGACUACUGAAGAGUCUUACACUCUGAGUCCUGCUGGUCCUACUUACACAGGAGGAUAUGUGUGUAGAGCUGGGAGAGCAGACCCAGUCUAUUUCACAGACUAUAGUGAACCUCAGUUUCUCUGGUCAGGAGACCUGCAGCCUUCAUGGUCUCUCAGAAUAAGUCCCAACAGAACUCAACACUUCUCAUCAAAAUCUCUCUCACUGACAUGUGAUCUGAAGGGGAAAUCGAGUGGAUGGAGACUUAUGAGAUACCCAGAGAAAACUCUGAAGUCAGGCUGUUCUAGUAACUGGGGAUCAAUAACAGGGUCCACAUGUACCAUCACCUCCACAGACACAGGGGACAGUGGAGUGUACUGGUGUGAGUCUGGAUCAGGACAGUACAGUAAUGCUGUCAACAUCACAGUGUCUGAUGGUGAUGUGAUCCUGGAGAGCCCUGCCCAUCUCGUUACUGAAGGAGACUCUUUGACUCUGCGCUGUAAAUGUAGAAAUCAAAGAAGCACUAAUUCUAAGGUGGACUUUUACAAAGAUGGAGUACUGAUCAGGCAGGAAACCACAGGAGAGAUGACCAUUUCUGCAGUAAUGAAGUCAGAUGAAGGCUUCUAUAAAUGUAAAUCUGAUCAAAGAGAUUCACCUGAGAGCUGGGUGACAGUGAGAGUUCAUGGGUCAUCUACAUCAGUAUGGGUGAUUGUGGGUCUGGUUGUUUGUGGUGUUCUACUUACCAUUCUCCUGCUCCUGUUGAGUCUCUAUAAAAAUGGUAAAGGUUCCUGUUCAAACAGAAUAUUCUGGCCCAUCCAUCCCCAGAGCACCAACCAGGACCCCCAACAGGACCAAGGACCUACCCAGGUUCAGUGUCUUGACGCUGGGUGUAAAGGUGACUUGAUGUAUGCCAAGAUCCAACAUAAAACACAGGACAAGAAACAGAAAGAAAAGCCAGCUGAUCCCUCCAGAAAUCCAGUCUAUUCUGAGUUGAAGACAGAAACAACACUGCUACCAGAGUCUGAAUCAAUCUAUUAUCAAUUAAAGCCAUUCACAUCCCACGGUCCUGGAGGGGCAUGUCAAGGACACACUAUCAGUUGAGGAGCAGAAACCAUGAAGCACACACAUUCAUAUGAAGGCACAUGUUGCAAGGUGGAAAGGGAGAGGUUUUUCAGGUUUUGGGUUUUAACUGAUUAUUAAAGCAAGAGUUCAGACUUUUCAUUUGACAACCUGGACAAUGAACACACCACACAAUUUAAAAGGAGACUGAUAAAGUGGAAAAACACAGAGGCUGGUAGAGCCCAGGGGUCAGGCACAUGGUUGCAACCUGGUCUCAGGACACUACGUAGACUAUUUUACGUACAUCCAUGGCACCCGAUUUCGUAUGAUAUGUGACGUUACGUUAGGUGACAUUACAAUGCACCACCAGAACAUAUGAUACAUAAUGAAAUCAUUAAAAUGUUACAUAUUUUACAAACACUAUUACAACAUAUCAAAUGUUCUGAGCGCUAUUGAAACAUAAAAUAACACGAAUUCCAGACAAACUUAUUAUAUUUACGAACGCUAAGAAAACAUAUGAAUAAUUAUGAAUUUUCAACAACUUUUUUAACCUGCGUGUCGAACCAGUGACAUAUGGAUGAGAAAGAAGUCACCCCACCCACUGCCCCACACUGGAUAUGUAGAUUUAGGACGAGUAACAGCAACACCAUAAAAGCAUUUUAUUUUUAAUGUUAGGCAGCACUGAGGUUAAGGUUAGGGUUAAGGUUAGAUAUCACAGCACUGGGGUUAAAGUUAGGGUUAAGGUUUGGGCUACGGUUAGGAAACAAAAAAGGUUAGUUUAAGGUUUGCUUAGGGUUAGGUCUCACAGCGCUGGGGUUCAGGUUAGGGUUUGGGUUAAUGUUAGGUAUCACAGCACAGGG